AUUUUGCAACCGCUGGAAAAGGUCAUUGAAGGAAUUGAAUGCAAAAAAAAAUCAUCUUAAAAAAGAGUGCCGGGCAUGCGCAGAGGGAGGAUGCCAUAUUGGAAUGAGUCUGUAGUGAGAGAGCGGGAGGGAGAGGAGAGAGAGAGCGCGAGCGAGCAAAGGGAAGGAGAGAGAGCGAGCUAGAGAGAGAGAAGGGAGAGCGAGAGAGACGGGGAGAGGGAGAGAGAGACACACACAGAUCGCCUUUUCACAACUGAGCUGAGGGGGGCUUUGCCCUUUUAGAGACUGGGAAAAAAAAAAACAAACUUCAUCCAGGAAACUCUUUCUACAGGAUGAAAUAGAGAGCAAAAGAUAGUUUUCCUUGAAUGGAGAGCAGUGUGUCUUUGGUUUCCAACAUGCAAGAGACUUCACAUUUGUCAUUGGAGAAAUGUAACAGUCCAGCCAACGGUAACAAUGAAUAUGAUUCAGAUGAAGGUUCAAGCGUGGAAGAUCCUGACUUUAAUUGGGGUGAAUAUUUGGAAGAAACAGGCGCAGUUGCUGCCCCUCAUACAUCAUUCAAACAUGUGGAAAUCAGCCUUCAGAGCAGCUUCCAGCCUGGGAUGAAGCUAGAAGUAGCUAACAAGAACAAUCCAGACACAUAUUGGGUGGCUACCAUCAUAACCACAUGUGGACAGCUCCUGCUGCUGCGCUACUGUGGUUACGGAGAGGAUCGAAAGGCCGAUUUCUGGUGUGACGUGAUGACGGCUGAUCUUCAUCCGGUGGGAUGGUGUACGCAGAACAACAAGGUGUUGAUGCCACCAGAUGCCAUCAAAGAGAAGUACACAGACUGGACGGAUUUUCUUAUACAUGAUUUGACUGGCUCUCGAACAGCACCCGCCAAUUUACUGGAAGGUCCUCUGCGAGGGAAAAACCCUGUAGACCUCAUUACAGUUGAUUCCUUAAUAGAACUUCAGGAUUCUCAGAACCCUUUUCAGUACUGGAUAGUUAGUGUGAUUGAAAAUGUUGGAGGAAGAUUACGCCUUCGCUAUGUGGGAUUGGAGGAGACUGAAUCCUAUGACCAGUGGUUGUUUUACUUGGAUUACAGACUUCGACCAGUCGGUUGGUGUCAAGAGAAUAAAUACAGAAUGGACCCACCUUCAGAAAUCUAUUCUUUGAAGACAACAUCUGAAUGGAAAUGUGCUCUGGAAAAAUCUCUUAAUGAUGCUGCAAAAUUUCCUCUUCCAAUGGAAGUGUUCAAGGAUCAUGUGGAUUUACGAAGCCAUUUCUUCACAGUUGGUAUGAAACUGGAGGCAGUGGAUAUGAGCGAGCCCUUUAAUAUCUGUCCUGCAUCAGUGACUAAGGUUUUUAACAAUCAUUAUUUGCAAGUGACUAUUGAUGACUUGAGACCAGAAGCUAAAAAAAUCUCAAUGCUGUGCCAUGCAGACUCUUUAGGGAUUUUACCUGUACAGUGGUGCCUUAAAAAUGGAGUCAACCUCACACCACCCAAGGGUUAUACUGGCCAGGACUUUGACUGGGCAGAUUAUCAGAAACAGCAUGGUGCCGAGGCCGCGCCUCAUUUCUGUUUCAGAAAUACAUCAUUCAGCCGUGGCUUUACAAAGAACAUGAAGCUUGAAGUUGUAAACCCCAGGAACCUGGGGGAACUCUGUGUGGCUUCUGUCAUCAGUGUGAAGGGAAGGUUGAUGUGGCUUCACCUGGAAGGCUUGCAGCCUCCUGUUCCAGAGUACAUUGUUGAUGUAGAGUCUAUGGACAUCUUCCCAGUUGGCUGGUGUGAAGCAAAUGCUUAUCCCUUAACUCCACCACAUAAAGCAGUUUUACAAAAGAAGAGAAAGAUUGCAGUCGUACAACCAGAAAAACAAUUGCCAUCCACAGUGCCUGUUGAGAAAAUACCUCAUGACCUUUGUUCGUUUCCUCAGCCAGACACAACAGGUACUGUCAAUGGGAAAUACUGCUGCCCUCAGCUUUUCAUCAACCACCGGUGUUUCUCAGGCCCCUACCUGAACAAAGGAAGAAUCGCAGAGCUACCUCAAUCUGUCGGACCUGGCAAAUGCGUGCUGGUUCUUAAAGAGGUUCUUAGCAUGGUAAUUAAUGCAGCUUACAAGCCAGGAAGGGUAUUGAGGGAACUGCAGCUUGUGGAAGACCCACAAUGGAAUUUCCAGGAGGAGACCCUGAAAGCAAAGUACAGAGGCAAAACAUACAGGGCAGUUGUCAAGAUUGUACGAACAUCUGACCAAGUAGCAGAUUUCUGCAAGAGAGUUUGUGCCAAGCUGGAAUGUUGUCCAAAUCUGUUUAGUCCUGUUCUGGUUACUGAAAUCUGCCCAGAAAACUGUUCCAUCCACACCAAAACCAAAUACACUUAUUAUUAUGGAAAGAGAAGGAAGAUUGUCAAACCCCCAAUUGGAGAAAACAAUGCCGAAAUUGGGCCCCCUAAGCCAACUAGGCGGAGGAAACGACGGAAAUCCAUUUUUGUGCAGAAGAAAAGGCGAUCCUCCACAGUUGACUUUGCAGCAGGAUCAGGAGAGGAAAGUGAAGAAGAGGAUGCAGAUGCCAUGGAAGAGGACACAGGGAGUGAGGAAACCAGCUCAGAGCUUCGCGAUGACCAGACCGACACUUCCUCAGCUGAUGUCCCCUCUGCCCGUCCCCGGAGAGCCGUCACGUUACGGAGCAGCACAGAAUUAGAUCGACCCCCUCCCGUGGAAAGAGCCAGGAGAAGCCGUAAAGCGCAGACGUUCUCCUGUGCCGAAGGAGAGAAGUGCACCCAAGUCAAACAGGAGAGGACAGAGGAAGUAAAACAUGAAGAGGAGGAGAAGCUUAUUCUGGAGAGUAACCCAUUAGAAUGGACAGUGACAGAUGUUGUGAGGUUUAUUAAACUGACAGAUUGUGCUCCCUUGGCCAAAAUAUUUCAGGAACAGGAUAUUGACGGCCAAGCGCUUCUACUGUUGACACUUCCCACAGUGCAGGAGUGCAUGGAGCUGAAACUGGGACCUGCCAUCAAGCUUUGCCAUCAGAUUGAAAGAGUUAAAGUCGCAUUCUAUGCACAAUAUGCCAACUAACUUCAGCCCUUCCCAUCUCGGAGGAUUCCUGCAUGGGGGACGGGCCAUUUGGGGACAGGUUUUCUUUCACCUACAGACAUUUGAAAUUGAAGCACUAAGAAAAAUCUCAGUGUGAGAAAGACCCAAACUCCUCAACCAACCUCUGACCCCCUCCCCUGCAUUUAUUUAAUAUGUGUCUGUUUUUCAAAGCACACUGAAAUACCACAGCGACUGCUUUCUGAGAGUAUAACUUGCUGUUUUCUAUUGUGGCAUCCCAUAAUAUAGCAAAAGCUUAGGGAACCUUGCUCCCCUUCUCCCACUAAACCCACAGCGCCUUCUGAUUGACGUUUCCUACACCUUUCGAGAGAAAGGUUAGGAGUCAGUGCUGUUUUUUUCUGCAGUUAUGUGGGAUACCUACACCAGGCAAUUAAAAAAAAAAAGAGCUACAAAUAAGCCUCAAGCAAAUUUGUCCACACUUCUUUCAUAUUGAAAUGUGUGAUCACCUUUUCAAGUGACUUUUACCACUGCAAUUUGAUCCUAGUGAUCAACACAUUUCUGUCACAUUUAUGACACUAGUGUUGAUAAAUAUAUAUUAAAACAGGAUGUGAUUAUGAGAAAGACCAACUAAUCCUCUAAUUUUGUCAGCGCUCUUAGGAAAAGUGUGAGCAUGGGGAAAGGAGAGUAGAAUCUAGAAAAAGUAUGCAGAGACACAUAGUGUUCACAACUCUUAAUGAAACAAGCUUUUUCCCUUUAAUUUGUCUGUAACCAGAUCAGGGAGGGGGUUCUUAUAAUUCUUCUAAGGAAGUUGAACUACAGGACAACAUGUCGAAAGGAAUUACUUAAGCAUCUCAGAAUAAGGAAAUGGAAUGUUUCAGAUGAGGUGUUAUUUGAGACUUCUGCCACAGACAACCUGAAGUUCCUUGGGGUGGAGUUCCACAGUGUGUUACCUAUCAGCUUGGCACGGCUUUGUUUUGGUUAGAUAGCCCAGAUUUCACAGAUCACUCCAGCACAAUAAGUGGGACAUGUAACAAUGAUUACUGUGAACUAAAAGUCCUCUGCUUUCUAUUCACUUGCUCUCCAUUCUCUUAAUGGCAUUAUCUGGGUAGACAAAACUGGACCUGAUAACCCAUCCCCCAGUAACACUGUAGCCACAGCUCCAUCCAGAUCCCCAACCUGACCAACUUGGAACAUUAUGCAAAUAUUAAGAAUUUAAAGAAGGAGACCACCUAUAUAGACCUCUGUGUGGCUCCAGGAUAAGAGUGCUCUUGGACCAAAAGAAUCAUCCAUGAGAUCCAAUCGAUAACUCAAGCAUUCAUCAAGACAUGGAAAUUUCUUAAAGAAUAUUAUAACCCAUUGUGAUUUUAAUCCACUGAUUUUUUUAGAAAAAUAUUUUAAAUUAGUGACAAGUCUUAAAUUAUUCAAAAGUUGAGCUCUACAACAGUGGCUUCGCAUCUUCAGUUACUGCCUUAUCUAAAAUAACUAUUUUGAUCUUUCCCCACCCAAAAUUUGAUCUCAGCACUGGCAGUGUAUAUAACUGUGAUCUGGGCUCACUCCUGUAGCCACCAUGGGAAUAUUUCAUUGGUUAAACUUUCUCUGGCAAGUCAGAUUAGAAAUGCUGGCCUUUAAUCAGCAUUUUGGGACUGGCAUAGACAAAAGUGAGAAGUUACAUGUAUAUCUUCUGCUAUUGAGAUGUGUUUGCCUGAGCCUAAAGCUAGUGUUUACAGCUGUUACAAAUCUUCAGUGAGUGGACUUUUGUGUAGAGAACCCUGGUGGAGCAUCAUGUAUAACAAUGCUUGUUGACAUCAUAAUGCUAGAAAAAUGCUUUGUAAUGCAUCAUUGGCUUUGUAGUAGUGUUUUACUGAAUUCUCCAAGCUAGUUUUGAUCUCCCUUUGGGUCUUUUAGCCCCGUGUCCUCAGCUUCUUUGGCUCAGAAUACUGUAUCAUGAAGUUAAACAUUGCUGAGAGAUGUCAAGAAUUCUGGCCUUUUCUCUCUGCAGAUUUCCUUAUGAUGUUCUCUCUGUGGCCUUUUCUAAACAUGCCAUUUCUGUUUCACUUAAACUGAUAUGAAGGAAUGAGUCAUCUACAGCAUUUUAGUAUCAAUAUCAACUUCUCUUGCCGUUUCCAGAAAGUAGAAAGGGAUUGGAGAGAGAAGGGCAAGACAUCACCAUGACCAAAGGAUGUGUUAAUGAAGCCCAUAAAUCAAAGCUGGGCUGGUCUCUAAAUGGAUGCCCAGCUUUGGCUUGGAUUCAUGGAACUACAUGCCAGUGAUUUUCUUUAUCUUUAUGACUUACUUUCUCCCCAUAUUCUCUACCAGACAACAAGAGAAGAAUGGGGUGAAUGUAUUGUUGACUCGACCUUUGUAUGCGUAUAGUUGGAGAAAGUGGACACAGUCUCAGAGUCAAGUCCAUGAUUGGUUUAAUUAGAGUGUCUUCCAUUGUGAUCAUCCUCACAGCCCUUGGGGAAAAAGCAACUCAUUUUAGGACCACAGAGUUCAAAUAAGUGAGGGAUUUUGGAAGGUUUCUUCCCUUUAGUUUGGGAUGCUACUGUGCAACGCUGUCCCCCUUCUCAAUGAAGUUGCUAAUAUCUUCCAGAACUUUUGGUUCUUAAAUUUAAUGUGUACGUUCUGAUUUCCCCAAAUUAUAACACAGCUAACAUGACUCCACCCCAAAAAAAACCCAGCACAUACACAAAUACAUCUUUAGAUAUGAUUUUUCCCCAUUUCUAUUAAAUGGAUAAAAGUUUCUGAAGACCAGUUAAUUUUUUCCUCUCUACUACUGCUAAUUAGAAGGACAGGGAAACUCUUCAGUCUACCAUCAUUACCAUUAUGGCCCUCUCCCAAACUUCUAAUUGCAGCCUCUUUGUGCCCCUCUCAAGCUAAAAGGUAUGAUCUUAUGGUAUUCCACCACUCUCCAAAGAGUGCUUUUUCUUAGCUCCUCCAUACCGUACUUUCGAGACCAGAUUCACCCCCAGUAUUUUAGUCCAGUGUAUAUGACACAAGUCGCUGCCCUUAAAACCUGACUUAAUUCCCCUCCUGUUCCGUACAGAGACAGUUUGGGCAAUUUGGCAAACCCCCCCAAAAAAAAAGUCCUUGACUGUUGCUAUACCCCACCAGAAGGAUUCAAUUUCCCCUCCCUUCCUCUCCUCAAUACAUAUAUACAUACAGAGAGAAAGAGAGAGAGAGUACAAUAUAUAUGUGUUUCCUUAAUACAGGUGUGGACUAUAGCUAUGCAAAGGAAAAAUUAAGGGAAAUGUAAUUUUAAAAAAAAGAUAAAUAAUGGGAAUAAUAUUGUCAUGAUAAAAGAUUCUGUAUAAGAGAAUUCACUAAAGUUCUUUUAUAGAAUAAGCUCCCAUAGCAUAUCUAAAACAUGAUGUGAGUUAGCAAAACUUGAUGUAGACAUAAAAUUUAAAAAUUCCUGCCUCUUUUUUUUUUUAUCACCACCCCUCCCCUUGCCCCUGGACUACACUAGAAAACUUUUUAUUCUCAGUUGCUUCUCAAUAAGUUGUAAUGAUCCAAGCCUGUGGUGCAGGCUAAUACUUAGCUUUAGGAAAUGAAUCAUUUUCUGCCCUUCAAGGAUUGAGUAGAAUUUCCUAAUCUUCCUCUAAGAGCUGUGAGGGUUAAAUCAGGCAGAACAUUGAGUCUUGCCUUUGUAUCUUGCAGCAAACACCCCAUUCUAAGAUGUUUCUCCUUAAGUUGCCACAUUUUGGAAGCCCUAGGGGCUUUCAUACUUUAAGAACAGUUUAUAUUUGCAUUUGUAUAAUUGAAAGUGAAAAAAGAAACUGUUAAAAACCACUUUGCUGUGAUUUGGAUCAUCAGAGUCACUUUUUGACAGAGAUAUCAUGAGAUGAUUUUUUUUUCCACUUUUACAAAACUAGUAGAGGCCGCAGAUAUUUGAAGGGACAAGAUAAAGCAAGACGUCCAUGGUUUCUAAAGAAGAACUAUUUGGAGAAACAUAGAUAUUCUUAUUUUCUCUUUGGUGCAAUAAUAAUUCAGAAACAAAUGAAAAUUAUAGAAAAGUGGCAACAAUGAUGUAAGGUGUUCUCAUACUAGGAAUGUGCAAUUUUUCUUAUAAGAAAACAUGCUGAAAAUCUAUCACCCUCCCUUUAAAUUAAAUAAAUUUGCUGUGGUUGAAUUCUGCAGACUAUGUAUUUUCCCACUUUCAACCAUCAGAGUCAUAAUAUGCUGUGUGCCCACUAAAUAUUUUGGUUUGAAUCCUAAUUAGUCUGGUUUGAACCACUUACUUUACCCAAACAUCUUGCUAACACACUAAAAAUGCCAACACAGGAUGCUGCUUUCAGUUCUGGCCAAGUUUGCUCACAUUUGUUCCUUUAUUUUAAAUGCUACUUAGUAUGAUUUUCCAAGUUAUCUCCAUUUAGUUUCUCUUAAACUAUCAGUGAAAAUGGUUAAGGUCAUAUAACAGUGAGAAUUGUAAGCAGUGCCAAACCUUAACCAGGAAUUACAAAGGUCCCAUAUGGAUGGAAAAGAUGUAUUGAAGAAAAAAAUAAACUUGUAGGAUGACAAUCUUUUGCUAAUAAUAAUAAUAAUAAUAAUUUGUAUGCUGGGAAAUUGAGACAAAUGAAAAAUGACAGAAAAAUUAUUUCAUUUAUUGUCCAAAAAUGGGAAAUAGCAUGAUGUUUAGAAGCAUAAACUCUUUCUAGUGGCAAAUGUUGAAAGCCCUUUUGCUGUUUUGCAUUCCAGUUUGAAUAGUUUGUAUUGAAAUUUGAUUCAUAUGUUGUGUACUUUUUGGUGUGUGAAAGAGAAAAUUGAUGGUGUUUUUACUUUUGAAAUUUGCAGGACAAAGGGCAUGCUGUUAGUUUGCUGUAAGAUUGUAUUCUGUAUAUAUGUUUUCAUGUAAAUAAAUGAAAAUCUAUAUUCAGAGUUAUAUUUUAAUUUUUAUUCUAAAUGAAAAAAAAUCCCCUUUUUACUUGAAAAAUUGUAAGCCACAUUGUUAAUAAAGUAAUAAUGAAUACUACA